AUGAAGAGCAGUCCUCGCCUGAUCAGUGUGGAGCGGAGCCAGUCAUCAGUGAACCUGCGGUUCCAACUCCUGCAGGCCUUUCGCGAGCACUCCAUGUAUCCUCCUCCCGUGGAGAACCCCUUCUUGAAGAAGAGGAACUACAGCUGGUGGCAUUGGGUCUCCAUCGGUCUGGGUAGUGUGCUGUUACUGCCUCUGCGCAUCCUUCUCCUGCUCCUGAUGACCAUUAUUGCGUGGCCAUUGACCCUUGCGGUCACCGCCUUCUACCCUAAAAAACAGAGCCAGCCCUUACCGAGAUGGAGGCGGCGGCUCACCAACCCUCUGGUGCUGGUGAUGUCGCGCUCCCUUUUCUUCAUUUUGGGCUUCCUGGUAAAGGUGAAGGGGGAGCGCGCCACCCCCAGCGAGGCGCCCAUCUUUGUGGUCGCUCCGCAUUCCUCCUUCUUUGAUAACUUUGUCUGGGUCUUCACCGGCCUGCCAUCCAUUGUGUUGCGGAUGGAGACCGCCAGCAUCCCGUUGUUUGGCAGGAUAGUGCUGAUUGGCCAGCCCUUGCUCGUGUCCUGCUCGGACCCAGAUUCCAGGAAGAACAUCAUUAAUGAAAUUAAAAAACGAGCCACUUCCUCAGGGGAAUGGCCUCAGAUCCUGAUUUUCCCUGAAGCCACCUGCACCAACCGCACGUGUCUGAUUACUUUCAAACCAGGAGCCUUCCUUCCUGGAGUCCCAGUGCAGCCAGUAUUGCUUCAGUACCCCAAUGAAGUGGACACGGUGACCUGGACGUGGCAGGGCUAUUCUGCUCCCACACUGGCACUGCUAACCCUCACACGUCUGUUCACAAAGAUGGAAUUGGAGUUCAUGCCUGUUUACGUCCCUGACAAUGAAGAGAAAAAAGAUCCUUCCCUUUUUGCCAGAAGGGUACGGAAUGUCAUGGCCAAUGCCCUACAAUUGCCAGUCACAGAUCAUACCUUUGAAGAUUGUAGACUGAUGAUUUCAGCAGGAAAGCUGACCUUGCCUAUGGAAACUGGCUUGGUGGCAUUUACAAAAAUUACCCAGAAGAUGCAAUUGGAUUGGGAUACUAUCAGAAAACAUUUGAUUGAAUAUACGUUGAUUGCAUCUAGCUCAAAAGGAGGCACCAUUGGAAUCGAAGAGUUUGCUAGUUAUUUAAUGCUUCCAGUUUCAGAUUCCCUGAAGCAACUAUUUGGACUCUUUGACAGGAACCAUGAUGGUACUAUAGACUUUAGAGAAUAUGUUAUUGGGCUCUCAGUCCUAUGCAACCCAGCCAACCCAGAAGAACUUGUAAAGUUGGCUUUUAAGCUUUUUGACAUUGAUGAGGAUGGCUAUAUAACAGAGGAAGAAUUUGCCAGAAUUCUAGAGGCAUCUUUUGGUGUGAGAAACCUUGAAGUUUCAGCUCUCUUCCAGGAAAUAGCCAAAGAAAAUCCAAAGCACGUUUCCUAUUUUGAAUUUAAAAGUUUUGCUCUGAAGCAUCCACAAUAUGCCAGAUUGUUUAGUACUUUCUUAGAAAUCCAGAAGAAUCGGAAAGCUGACAGUCAAAACUGCUUAAAGGAGAAGUCAUCAUACAAGGUUCAACAGCCAAUUUUACACAUCAUAAGCUGCAGAGACAUUUGUGCUAAAUUUGAACCCCAUCAAUUCGACAAAAACAAAACUGCCACAAGUGAGAGGACUGCUAAAAACAGGCUCCUAAGAGAAGAAAUCCAUACAGAUGUCACUUUUUGUAUAGGUCCUACACUGUUCAAAGCUCACAAAGCUGUGCUUUUGGCAAGGAUUCCAGACUUCUACUUUCACACUGUGGGAAAAACAUUAAAUAAUUGGGAGAACCAUAUCCCUGUUGCUGUAGAGAACUUUGAACCUUCAGAAUUUAGAACAUUUUUACAGGUUGUAUAUUCAUCAGACAGAAACAUAAAAAACUAUGAAGAAGAAAUCCUAAGAAAGAAGAUGCAUGGGGACAAGUUACAGCAAGAAAUCCUGAGUACCGAAGUAAAUUCUAGAAAGUAUUCUGAAAAUGAUGAAUGGUCAUCCACUUCCCAGAAUACUUUGACAAAGUGUCAUGAUGGAAUUUUGGUUGGUUCCUCUCUUACUGAAUGUGAAGUUCCAGAAGAAAUCAGUGAUAAUGGGGACAACUUGGAUGUUAUAGACAGUUCUGACCUGGAGCCUGCAUCUGAGUUAGGAGAAGAUUUGUUGAAACUUUACAGAAAGCGUUGCUGCCCAGAUAUUGAUAUUUGUAUUGAUGGGAAAAGUUUUCAAGCCCACAGGGCUAUUUUAUGUGCCAGGUCUCGUUAUUUUGCAGCAAUGCUGAGUGGAUGUUGGGCUGAAAGCUCCCAAGAGCACAUCACUCUUCAAGGUGUAAAACCAGUAGAAAUGAAUGUCAUGAUGCAUUUUAUUUAUGGAGGAACACUGGAUUUUCCAAGUAAAGUUAAUGCAGGUCAAAUACUGAACCUGGCAGAUAUGUAUGGAUUAGAAGGGUUAAAAGAAGUAACACUUUAUAUUCUUAAAAGAGACUACUGUAAUUUCUUCCAGAAGCCUGUCCCAGGGAGAUUGGAGGCUAUGCUAGAAUGUCUGAUUAUUGCUCAUUCGGUGGGGGUGGAAAGUCUUUAUGCUGAUUGUAUGAAAUGGAUCGUUAAGCAUUUCGCAAGGUGUUGGUCAGAGAGGAGUUUUGCAAAUAUACCUCCAGAGAUCCAGAAAAAUUGCCUUACUAUGCUGAUUCAGUCUUUAAAUGACAAAAAUGCUGCUUUUCUUCUGAUGGAAAGUGACCGACUAAUCAUCAGCCUUCCCAGAGUGAAAUGGACUGAAGCUGCGCUGACUAUGGCAUGCAGGCUGCAAGAAGAAUGUAUAGCAUUUAUUGUGGAGAACUUCUCCCAGAUAAUACAGAGUGAGAACUUUGCUCUUCUCCUACAGUCACAAGCAAUGAGUAGCACACCUGAUCUUUUAGACAAAGUUCUUAAAGCAAUUGAGAAGAACAUCACCACAGAGAAUAGCUGUUUACUUCUAAUGGCUGUGGAUACUCUGCUGAAUGCUGAAAGUACAAAGGAAAUGGGUUUUACGUGCAAGAUCCAGGCUCUGCGUGAUAAGCUGUGGCUCUUCCUGGUUCAGUCUUUUUAUGCCGUUCGUCACACCGAAAGCUGGAGUCUGAUGAGACCAGAUGAUCAGCAGAAGAUCCAAGCAGCUGCAUUUGAUAAGGGUGAUGAUAGAAGACUUGGCAAAAAGCCGAUAUUCAGUAGUUCUCAGCAAAGUAAAUCCAUUUCUGACUCUGGUGAUAUAAAAAACAGAUCUUGGAGAGGAAAAGACAAGAAAGAUCCCUGUAAUUACCCCUCCACUGAUCAAGAGAAAAUGAAAUCUGAUGGUCUAGGUGCAUCUGGACAUGCAUCAAGUACAAAUAGGAAUGCUGUGAAUAAAUCUUUAAAACAUGAUGAUUUAAAGGGGAAGGACAGUAAGAAAACUGUGUCUAAGAUUACAAAAGAUGUUAAAACUGGGGAAAAGAUUGCUUCUGGAAAGCCUAGAGCUGUUAUAAAGCCCAAAAUAGAAAAUAAUGAUAACACUAAAACUGAUAAUAUGCUUACUCGACAAGAUGCUGAGCGUUCCUUGUCCUCCUUAAGUGGACAGAAAAACUCAAUAAGUGGAAAGGGAGCAAAAUCUCAAGAAGGAAAAGGGGUGGGUGCUCGGCCAAAAACCCUCCCUGGAAGCUCAAAUGCUUCAGCUAAAGCAAAGCCUCCAAAGAAAACCCCUGGGAAAGACUCUUCCUCUCUCGGCCCUGUGGGUACCCUCAGCAAAUCUACCAGUUCAAGUGGAGAAUUGCAAAGUCCUAGCGAGUGCCUCAAUGAACCAAAGGAGUGUGGAUCUGUAAAGGAAGAGAAGCCUUCUGACAAUAAACCAUCGCCUUGUAAUUCUCCUCAAGGAAACCACACAGUGAGAAGCAGCUUGGAGACUUCCAAAGGUCCUGCUGCUGCAGUGAAAUCCCGGCCUGUUUCAAGGAAUACUGAGGGAACUUCCAAUAAAAAAAGGGUUAAUGAACAUGAGACUCACACAAGUAAUAGUGUGACAAAGAAAGUUAUUGGCAAGGGGUCUAGUGAUUAUAUCUCCCAAGCAGUUUUGAAGAAAAGAGGACACAGUAGUUCUGCGGGCCCACAGCGAGCAAAGAGUGCUCCAUCUAGUCUUACUAAAACCCAAGGACCCCAAGGAGAUUCACCAAAUUCAUUAAAAUCUGCAGUCUUUCUAAAACCUUCUGAAGAAAAUGUGACACAGUUAAAUCAUUCUACACUUGCUACUAAGAAAAAACCCCUGAAGCAAGCACAUGCAUCUUUGGCAAAAGCCAAUGUAAAAACAAUUACAUCCAAAGUUCAAGUACCCUCAAAGAAAGGUGAAACCGUUAACAAUAAAGACCAGAAACAAAAAACUCUUUCUGGGCAAUCUAUAGUAAAGUGUCAGUCUUCUUCUCAGAGGUCUUCAAGAAGUGAAUCACCUGUGAUCUCAAAGAACACACAUAAUGAUGGACCAAAAAGCUGGGGCCAGAAAAUAGAACCUGUUGGGUUCCAAGUGAAUGAUAAUAACAAAGGAAAACAAAAGCAACAUAGGCUGUUGGUUAAUCCUGUUCUGGAGACCAAUGGUGUGGAAGGAGGUCUAAUGUCAAGUCUACCUGAUCCACAAAAGCCAUUAAAUUAUGAAGAAAAUGAUAAAUCUGUAACAGAAUCUGAACUAUCACUCCCUCCUAUGAGCAUUCAAAUUGUUCCUAAAUUGAACGAAGCAGUAAAAAAUGAAGCAAAAUUUAAACACAUUUGUAAGAACAAAAAUGAAACAAAAUGCCCUGGUGAUGGAGAAGCAGAAAACUACAAUAUGCCUAGGAUGCAUAAAACUGAUGGGAGUGGUGAUGCAGAGUCAAAACUUAAUAACAGUGCUAACCCAAAAUCCAUGGCUUCAAAUCCAAAUCCAGCCCAUCAGUGUGAAAUUAUUUGUAACUUUGUGGAUAAAACCCAUUUAGACUCAGCAGAUGCAAUGUGUUUGUUGAAUAAAAAAUUAAACAUUGAAAGUAAGAAAGAUACUUCAGUUGGCCUUUCUGAAAAGAUAAAUACUACUUUUAAUCCUGCACCAAAUGAAAAUAAAUCUGAGAGUUUUGUAGAUGGUCUGAUUAAUACAAGUCAGUUGCAUGAUGAAUGUUCUGUGAAAGAAAGCAAGCACAUUGGAAGCAAAUCAGAUGUCUCUAACAAAUGUUUUUUGAGUCAGGUACCAGAAAGAAAUUCUCCUAAAGAUGCAAACCCAACAGAGACACCAGAGAGCCAUGAAAAUCUGGAACCUCCUUUUGUGGGUCAUUGGAAUUUGAUUACAAGUAAUAUACACCAGGGGGAGAGUCCUGAAUCUGAUACUGGCAGUGCAACCACCUCAUCUGAUGACAUUAAGCCUAGAUCAGAAGAUUAUGAUGCUGGAGGUUCUCAGGAUGAUGAUGGGUCAAAUGAAAGAGGGAUUUCUAAAUGUAGCACUAUGAUAUGUCAUGAUUUUCUUGGAAGAAGUAGCAGUGAUACCAGCACACCUGAGGAAUUAAAAAUAUAUGAUAGCAGUUUAAGGAUAGAAGUAAAAGUGAAAAAGCAAAAUAACUCUGAUAUUCUCCAAGUUAAUUCAACAAGUGAUGAUGAAAUUCCUAGGGAAAAACCUGAAACUUUGUCUCAACAAGGCAUGACAAUAGACCAUGUUCAGGAGAAAGAGCAUCUCCCACGAGGAGGGAUCCCAUUUCCUCAGGAAACAGAACAAGUUUCUUCCUCAGCAGAUGAAACAGAAGAUGAAAGAUCUGAAGCUGAAAAUAUUGCAGAAAAAGGUUCCUUGCCUGAGCCAGCUUCCCAGCAAUUCCAAGGAAUUGUCAACCUAGCUUUUGAAGAUGCAGCUGACAAUGAAAGCCGAGAGUUUACUGCAACUAAAAAUUUUAAAAGGUCAGUUUUACUUUCUGUGGAUGAAUGUGAGGAAUUGGGAUCUGAUGAUGGGGAAGUUCACAUACCCUUCCACCACUCUGUCAAUCCUCCGACCCCUUCUGAGGUCUUUGAUAGUCUUUCUCAUGAACAUCAUGGAAAAACCUGUUACUCCAGAUACUCACAAGAAAAUGAAGAUCAUUUUUUAGAGGGUAAACAACAUGAAAAAAGUGGCCAAUUAGAAAAAAAUGGGAGCCCCCUCUUGGAUCCUAACAGAUCUGAAUCUGCAGCAAAAGAUGAACAGGAUAUUUUGACUGCAGGAAAAAACCAUGCAGCAGAUAUGCUGGAUCAUAUAGAUAGUCUGAAUGUAGUAAGUAUUAGAAGUGAAGAGGACAGUGAAGUGCGCCAGAGCAGCAAACUUUAUGAUGGUGAAACAAAAUCCCAAGAGAGACCUUGUCACUUGGCGCUUCAUCAAAUAGAGCCCAAUUCAGACACGCCAAAGACCAACAGCUCUACCUGGUCUGUGGACUCCCAGAGGAGCCAGGGUCUGACUCAGGAAGGUCAAGUGAGAGAAAUCUGCCAUGCACCCACUGAAAAUGCUAAUACUACUCUCACUGCAGGAGACAUAGAUGAUUGUGACCCAUUGGCACAAACCUGCAUGUAUGAGCAUCGGCCUUCAAAAACCCUUUCUCCAAUCUAUGAGAUGGAUGUUGGAGAAGCUUUUGAGCAGAAAAUGAAUUCAGAAACACAUUUUACAGACAUGGAUUAUGAAGAUGAUCAACACUUUGCAGAGCAAGAUUGGACUCUUCUAAAGCAAUUGCUGUCAGAGCAGGAUUCAAACCUUAAUAUUAAAAACUCUGUUCCUGAAGACCUAGAUUUAGCACAGUAUCUGAUCAAUCAGACAUUGCUUCUAGCACGAGACAGUUCAAAACCUCAGGGUAAAGCACAUGUGGACACUUUCAGCAGAUGGAGUGAUCUAACAUCUCCACUUGAUGACUCUUCAAGCCUCACUAUGAUGAGUUUUUCCUCUGAAGAUUGUUCUUCUCCUCAAGGAGAAUGGACAAUUCUCGAACUUGAAACUCAGCACUAAAGUGGUCAAAUUUUGGAAAUUUUUGAACUUUGUUACCCCUUAUUUUUUAUGCUUAUAUCCAUAUGAUAACUGCAUUAGCCAAAGGCAGACAGCCCUGCACUUUGAGGGCUUUCUAAUCUUUCCAAUUUACUGAGAUAAAUGUAGUUCAUUUGUGAAUGAGAUAUAAUAAUAGGUGGGGGAAAGUUCAAAGCUUCAACAAAUUUUUUUCUAAAUAUCUCAAGCAUGUUGCUGUUGUUCUUUGAGAAAUUAGAAGACUUGUAAGAAAAUUCAUUUCAUUUUUCCUUUUCCAACUGGUCAUUUGUUCACCUGUCCUUUACUACAAGAUGUGAAUGCACAGUAAGCAGAGCAGCCCCGGUUCUUGUGGCUCUGUGUAUAGUAACACGGUCAUUCUCAACAAUAAAAGAUUCCCUGUGCUUGUGUCAGUUUA